GCAUUCACUCAGAGUGUCACAUUUUUGGGGUGAAUGGGAGAAUGAGGUGACGACAGCAGUCACAGCAACAUGAGCGCGAUUGACGCCCUCUACAUCUUCGACGAGCACAACGCCCUGCUCUUCGAUCACACCUACACCAACCGCCCGCCCUCACCUUCCGUUCUCCUACCUCUAUACCUGCAGCAACCCAGUCCACGGCCGAGCCUGAUCUACCUCCCCUCUUUCACCCCGCCAAUACUAUGCUAUUCCAUCAUCCAAGACAACAUCCUCUUCCUCUCGCCAUGUUCCUCCUCAGCCGAGCCUCUGCUGGUGCUAGAGUUCCUGCACCGCGUAGCCGAUGCCCUACAAGAGUUUCUCGGUAGCCCUCUGAUGGCCACAAAAAUCACAUCCUCCUACGACAUCAUCGCGCAAAUCGCAGCGGAGAUCGCAGACGCCGGCAUCGUCUGCCAAAGCGAAGCCAAUGCCCUCCGAGACGUCGUUGAAACCGGCUCCGGCGUGCUGAAGAAUCUCCUAGACAGCAUCGGCGCCUCGGCCUCGAGCCCUGCCCUGUCAAUCUCCGGUGGUGCUGGUUCCUCCUCCAUCCCAGCUGCUCUUCGAUCCCAGCUACAGCCCGCGCAAAGCAGUCAAGGCUCCGCGGUACCCUGGCGUCGCAGCAAUGUCCGUCACACGAGCAAUGAACUCUACGUCGACUUUGUCGAGUCGCUGUUUGUCACGCUUGCGCCUUCCGGGCGAGCACUCUCCGCUUUCGCGCACGGCAGUAUCAUGUUCAACUGCAAGGUCAGCGGAGUACCUGACCUCGUGCUCAACCUGAUGACCGAUGGCAAGGGGGCUGGAAUGGGCACGAAAGGAGAGCAGCUGCAGAGGGUAAUGGAGCGAGUCGUCUUCCAUCCUUGCGUUCGCCUGAAUCGGUGGAAGAGUGACGGUUCCUUGAGCUUCGUCCCGCCUGAUGGGAAGUUCGCGUUGUGUGGAUAUGAGGUCGACUUACUCGGUCCAGAUGCGCCGCUCACCGUCUCCAACCCACGAGCGAAGAGUACAAGUGGACUGGAUCUACCAGUCUCGAUUGACGUCUCUACCGGGCUGGGGACGAAUGGCGCGGACUUCGAAGUGCGCAUAACGCAGCCUGUGCGUUCGUUGGCGACGGCUAGUCUGCAGUCAAAUCUCGGCCCUCAGGGCCGUUCGAAGCCCGGCCAGUCCGGCAGGCCGCAGCAGCCGGUGGAGGACAUUACCAUCCACGUGCCUAUUCCGCCAAAUGUGCGGAACGUGUCGGAUCUCCGGCCCAGCAAAGGUGAAGCGCACUGGAACCCGGCGACUAGCAUGGUCGAGUGGCAUGUGCUCGAGAAGGAUGUCGGACCGAGUGGCGUAGCACUGAGAUGCACCGUGCAAGGCAAGCCGGCUGAAGAAGACGAGGAGUUCACGGCGGGUGGAGUGAUGAACGGCGUCACAGCUACCACGUACGACUACGACGAUGAUGUGCAGACCGGCGACACGUCGCGACUAGGCAACCAGGCUUCUUCCGCUGAGAUCAAUGGCAGUUCCGCCGAUUCGCAGCGUCAGCGACUGGAGCGAAAUCGAGAGUUGAUGCCCACCUCUGCGACACUCAGUUUUAGUUUGAAAGGCUCGCUCCCUAGCGGACUGAGAGUGGAAAGUCUGGCUGUGGACAACAAGCGGAGUCGUGGAUUGGGAGCGGAUAUCAAGCCGUACAAGGGCGUGAAGUAUUUGACGGUCAGCCGGAAGGGAAUUGAGAUGAGGUGCUAGGCAGUCCACAAUAGACAAUCAAUAUCUAAACACCGUACUACGAGGCAUGAACAUCCGUGGAAAAGAA